UAAUAAGGUUAACAACAAUAACAAAACGGACUAAAACUUGUUCAUAGUCUCGAGGAAAAUUAUUGUGAUAUCAAAAUUAAUUAUAAAUCAUGAUUAAACAAUCCAAUUUUAAGGUUGUACGAAUAAGCUUUGCGAUAUUAUUUAUCAAAUCAGCAUUAUGUUUUCCGGCACCAUCUCCGGAUGAUUUUUUAUCUCUGGGUUUUAACUAUUUAACGAAGACAGCAAAAUCACCUAAUUUUGGAUUGAACAAACUGUUAUUUCCAUUUUCAGAUCUUCAAAGUAGAAUUCGUAAUGGGUAUACUGAGCGAAGUAACAUACAAGGUUAUAUGAAAAAUACUCUCCACCCAUGGCAUUAUAAUAGAUAUAAUGUUGAGAAAGACAGAUACGAUGAACAAUAUAGGCCGAAUACAGAAUUUGAAGAAAAAAAUACGCAACAGAAUAUCUUUACGAAACAAAAUAAUGGAAAUUUACUGUCUAAAAUGACUCCGGCUAGUUUUAGUAGGAAAUCCCAAGCUACUGAAAUUUCUGUUAACCCCAAUCAAGCAAUUGAAGAUAAUGAUUUGAAUAUCAAACAUGGAACUGAAUAUGAAUUUAAUUCGGAAACAACAACAGACUUUACCUCUGAUGCUAUGGACACUACAACUGAGUCUGAUGACCUUUCAAAUAGGAUUGCACCUCAGGUUGUUGCGACUCUAUUGGGAUAGUAAGUUAUUUUUACUAACCUUAAUAUGUAAUACUCGUAGAACUAA